CCACAAUCAUCUCGAAUUCCCGAUCUCUCCUAACUUUCUUCCCCUCAACGAGCGGAAGAAUCUCAAAACACAUUUUCCAAUUCUUUCCAAUGGCGCCCAAGCCAGCAGAGAAGAAGCCGGCCGAGAAGAAGCCAGCGGAGAAGGCCGAGAAGGCACCGGCGGAGAAGAAGCCCAGAGCCGAGAAGAAGAUCCCCAAGGAAGGAGGCGCCGCCGCCGCCGCCGACAAGAAGAAGAAGAGAAACAAGAAGAGCGUCGAGACCUACAAGAUCUACAUCUUCAAGGUGCUGAAGCAGGUCCAUCCUGACAUCGGGAUCUCGAGCAAGGCCAUGGGGAUCAUGAACAGCUUCAUCAACGACAUCUUCGAGAAGCUCGCUCAGGAAUCCUCCAGGCUUGCAAGGUACAACAAGAAGCCCACCAUCACUUCCAGGGAGAUUCAGACCGCUGUUCGUCUUGUUCUUCCCGGUGAGCUCGCCAAGCACGCCGUCUCCGAAGGAACCAAGGCGGUUACCAAGUUUACCAGCUCUUAGAUUUGCUCUCUGUUCAGUCAGUUUGGAUGGGUUUCCUUUUGAUUGUAAAGAUGUGCGAUGUUUAGGCGACUAGUUCUGAAACUAGGUUUUCUUGAUUUUGGCAGAUCUGGUCUAAUGUUCUGUGUAGUUUUGAUCCGACUGAAUUGAAUUGAAGCAAUGAAAUUACAAGAGUUUCGGAUUCAAAACUUAUCAUGUUCAUCACCAUGGUGAUACCUCCUAGUUGCAAUAGUAGGGGCUUGCUGCAAUUUCUUCAUUCCAACUGACUUAACCACCUCCGGAUGAACUUGCUCCGUCUCUUUUCUCUGCAUUUCUUGAUCAUGGCUAAAUGAGAAACUGUCGAAGAAUGAUUGCUGAGUUGAGUGACAGGGUCUGUGAACCCGUAGUUAGGACUAGUUAAUAAGAAUGUGUAGUUAGGAUAGUUACACAACGAUGACAACAAUUGUCCUUAUGAAAGUGACAAAUGGAAGGCAAUGUUUGAGUUCUUAAUCUCUUACGGAGUCGAAUUUCUCCAUAUGAGAGAGAUCGAUGAUUCUCGUUCUCGAAUACAAUAACUAGAUGGACUUUCUAAUUGUUAAGAUUUAUACUUCUCUCGAAAAUUCUCCAUUACACGAGCCAUGGAGUGAAAACAACAACUUGAUGUUUAGUUGGAUAACGAGAGAUAUGUCAGUCCCACGAUGGCAUAUUAACACCAUAUACAUCACAAUACGCUAUCAGUGUUUGGAUUGAACUCUAUGAGAAUUUUUCCCUAAGUAAUUUAUUUUGUAUUGUUUUUUUUAUUGGGGUUUUUUUUUUAUUGGGGAUUUCUUUUGUAUUGUUAGAAACACGAUUCUCGUGUUUUAGCAUAUUUAUUAUUAUAAUAAUUAUUAGGGUAAUUC